CGCAACACAGACCCUAGUAUUAGCACAACUACGCGAACGACUUUCGACGGCUUUUCGCUACAAGUGUCCAUUAUCUGGCCUUGCUUUUUGGCACCCAACACUGAUAACCGCGGGUUGUUCUCACGGCGCGUCCGUUAUUGUGCAACAUGAAUUCAUAUCCUGCGGAGAUGCUGAUGCAGCUGGCCCCCGUUAUGUUUGUUUCUGGUCUCGACUUACCACCUACCUCUGCCGCUGUCCUUGUCGCGCCGUCCCCAGCAGAUAAGGAUCCUUCCUCACCCCCGACUCCACCCCCAAAGGUACAAGAUCCGUUUACAUCACUUAUUUCCCGUCUUCGUGAGGUACUUCUCUCUCAGUCCAAGUCUACCGUCUGGUCUCCCGAAAGAACCAAAAUUUUCCAAGUCGUUCUAGUUGACAAAUUCGUGGGGUUUCCUCCUCGAAAAUCUGUCCCUCCUGACGAUCCAUCAUACGCUAAUGCACACUCUCCCUUGUCUCCACUAACUCCCUCUUCGCCGGUAUUUCCCGACGGCCUGAUCGCUCCAAUAUGGAUAAAGAAGCACAUGACGUAUUUGCCCAGCGUGUUUGUUCUAUUCCUGAGGAUGUAUGAAGUACCGCAUACCACAGCACGCUCACCCCUCGGUCAACCUGAUUCAGAUCUCGAGCGUGAAAGAGCAGAGGAAGAACGGAGGCGAGAUAUAGACCUCAGCGCAGAAAUUGCGCAACGGAAGAAGAGCACCGGUGAGAGAGGGAUCAAACUAACUGUUGUCCUAAUCGCCAGCCGAAGGAUGCUAGACGAUCCAUCAUUAGAUGGCCGCUUGUCAUUUAUUAGAAGGCAGAGCAGUCUAGAUUCUCGCGCUGCUCUUUUCGUCCUCAGUCCCGUUAGUCCAUCCGAAUUGAACGAUUUCGUGUCCAGUUUGCAAGAUGCUCUAUACGAGUCGGCAAUAGAGUACUAUACCUCCCAUUCCAAACGUGUCCGCAGGAAGCGCAACAGGCACUCGCAAACCGUAUCUUCGUAUAAUCCGCCGCCUGCUACGUCUGUAGGGGCAAUUGCUCCUCGCCCGCUUCGCCCAGAAGGGUGGACGGUGCGUUAUGAGUAUAAGAUGGCGGCCUUCGCUGAGUUUAGGGGAGAGGACGAAGUGGCAUUAAAACAUUACCAAGAUGCGUAUACGACCCUCAUGAUUAUGUUUGGCUCAACAGCUAUAUUACCGCCUCGAACAAAGCGGUGGGCUGAAGCAAAGGUACUUGCCGAUACCAUCAACGUCAAGAUCACGAAGUUUUACCUGUACAACCACGAGUACGCACUUGCAUUGUCACAUUGUAACUCCCAUAUGCGGCGUUUCGCUGAUUUCUCUCGCGGAUGGGGCAUCGGCGAAGAAACCUUUGAAUACUGGAGUUGGAUGGCACGGCAGUACCGAGUGUUAGCUGAGCUUCUGGAACAAGGCGCCCGUUCUACUCUUACUUUCCCAAUUCAUAUCCUGGGUACUAGAACCCCUGGUAGUGCACCAGGCGCUUUAGGUCCCGGAGGGGCACCACUCGAAUUGGAUGCUGGCCGGAUGAUGGGGUUGAAUCCAAAUCAUGCACUGCAGCAUCCUGGGCAUUAUUAUUACAUGGCUGCACGGUGCACGGAAGCUCGGAGAGAAAGGUUUUUAGCUAAUGAGGGACUGACCACUGCACCUGGAUAUGCGAACGAGAAGAAAGUCGACCACUUGGCAUUGGCACUCGAGCUCUACACAAAAGCGUAUGAACUAUUCAAACAACACAGUUCCACGGCUAGUCAAGGCCGUCUGACACUUUGGAUUGCCUAUCGGAUCGCCCUCACUUACUAUGAAUCGGGCAAGUUCGGGAUGGCUGUUCGGUUUUUUGAGCGCAUAACAAAGACAUAUCGUCGGGAGAAGUGGAACACCCUGUUACGUCCUCUUUAUACCACAUGGUAUGCAUGUACGCAGAAGUUGGGGGAUGUGGAACUCAGUGUGAAGCUUCUAGUAGAAAUGAUCGCUUGUGGUGAUGUCGACGAACCGGGAAGUUUGCAGGAAGAUUUAUUGACGAUUCUAAGGAGCUCGGUCCCGUCGUCUGCUGAUGACGUACUUACAGUCGACCUCAUUGAAUGCGAGCCUAUCUGUGCACCGGCAAACAAUGAUAUUUCUAACUUACCAGUGGAUUCCAUCACGAUAAUGUUUUCAGACGACUACAAGCCUAUUACUCUUCGUCACUCUGCUUCGGAACCCUUGGAACCAGUACGCAUGAUAUGCGUGAGCCAAGUGCAUCUGGCGAACGCAGAUGGACAGCCACUUGAGGUUGCUGCUAAUCUCAGGUGGCGAGCGUCAGAUAGGGUGAUUGUAUCUGGAACCAUACUCUCUGCAACUCCUAUAACCCUUAGUGUUUCCAGCCUUGUCGUCACAUUGAAGGAAAGUGGAUGGACUAUCAAAAUCAACCAUGACGUCUGCACCACGAGAGAGGGGACUAUCAUUCCGCCUUAUUGGUUGAGCUCACUAAAUCCAGUGCAAUUCAUUCCUGUCAGAAGAGACGAUCGGAGUAAUGUUGUUUUCCGACAUCGUCCGCAUCGGCUCAGCGUCUCAUUUUCCCAUCAACAGCAAGCCUUGCUCGACGAAGAGUUCCCAAUUACUGUCGAGAUUGUGAAUAGGGAUGAUCGUCAUCUAGAUGUUGUCGUGGAUAUACUUCUGCAACCCGCGGAAGUUGAUGAAGCAGUUCAAUUCAUUGUACACAACGGUCAAAGGUCGUCGGGGCUGAUCAAAGGCGCCGAAUAUGGCACUGCAGCAAACCGAACGAUUGACGUAUCGGUCCAAUCGAACGCAGCAGGAUCCACUCUCCCCACGGUACACAGACCAACUGACUUGUCUAUGUCGAGUAGUAUUUCAAGUCUCGCGGCGAGCGAUACGAAUGAAUUUCUUCAGACACUUGUCAUUCCCGCGACUGCCCCAUUCUCAGUUACACACGACGUAGAAUAUCAGAUAUCCCUGCGCCCCCCACGACCACUUUCUGAGCUCUCGACACUCGUUGGAGAGUCGUGGAAUGGUGGAGAGGUCAUUAUUAUGACCAAGUUCGAAUGUGUGGCACCGUGCUCGCUGGAGAUAGAGGGCUUGGAAUUGAAACGACAGCAACCGAGCGAAAAAUACCUAACUGGAGACCAGUUCUGUAACAUAUGCUGGGAUGCAGUCCCCGGUCCUGGCAAAUAUAUUGUGACCUGGCGGAGGAUUAUUUCGCCAGGUGAACGUGGUCCUUCCUCGACCACACGUCAGUCCCUCCCCUUGCUACUUCCACCAAAAGACGGUCUUGUUGGGUUCAUGACUAUCCCGUCAACGGCAAAACUCCAUGUUCCAAUCCAAAUGCACCUCGUCAUUCGAAACCACAACACUACUAGAUCUGCCAUUGUAACAGUUGCACUGGACCAAAGUACGGUGGAAUCAUUUGUUGUUGCUGGGCUGCAUGGUGGGCGCCUGCCAACCAUAUUGCCUGGUGCAGAGGAAAAGGUAACUUGGAAUCUAAUUCCAGUUGAGUGUGGGAUGGUAAGGGUACCACGUGUGCGGGUGAUGGACUAUCAAACGGCACUGUCAGCUAAUGACGAUGGGUUGAGCGUUUCGGUUGAUGAAGGUGUACCAGUGCAGGUGAUUGAUACAAGGUUUGGGGCUCGGAUAGGUGACGGGAAUGCUACAGGUCAGAUGAAUCAGACAGAUAAAAUAUUCGUAUUUCCUUAGCCCAGAAUACAGUGCACCACAUUAUUGCCUUUGAACUGCAACCAAGACUGCCUGAAUC